AUGAGUAAGCUUGUAAUCUAUGGUGGUGCUGGUGCUUUAGGUCGUGCUCUUGUUCAACACUUUAAAACAAAGGGUUAUACUGUGAUCAGUGUUGAUUUAGUCGAGAACCAGGACGCUGAUUUCAAUACAUUGGCAACUGGCAGCGGCUCUCUUUCCGAGCAAGGCCAAUCUAUCAGCGAAUCCAUCGCCUCAGUCUUGGGCUCCGAGAAGUUGUGUGGUGUAUUUUGUGUUGCCGGCGGUUGGGCAGGAGGAAAUGCUGCAAGCAAAGAUUUCUUGAAGAACUCUGAAUUAAUGCUGAGCCAAAGCGUGAAUUCCUCUUUGAUUGCUGCUCACAUCGCAUCCAAAUACCUUCAACCGUAA